AUGGCGACCAACCACUCUAACAAUAUUCUGAUCGCACCUGUCGACAGCUCGAAUAUGGCUGCAGUUGGCCAGGUUGUAGAUAGCAACGCUGCGGGCGAAAGCGUAGACCCUGCAACAACGAAUGGCGAUCGAAAUUGUUCUGCGAUGCCUACGUCUGCGUACGACGCCAUUGGGUCGACCGCCACUUCAAACACAAACUCGACGCCGACGAUGCCUGACGCCCCCGCAACCGCCAUCACCAGCGAGGUCGAGUCGACGAUGGAACCAGACCCUGAUACCAUAAAAAUGUUCGUUGGCCAAGUACCUCGCAAUUGGGACGAAAACGACUUGUUGAAUCUGUUUAAACAGUUUGGUCCCGUCUACCAGCUGAACGUUUUGCGUGAAAAAACCACCGGCCAAAGCCGAGGUUGCUGCUUUGUAACAUUUUAUCAUCGGAAAGAUGCAGUUCUUGCCCAAUGCGCGUUGCACAAUGCUCGAACGCUUCCCGGCAUGCACCAUCCGCUACAAAUGAAGCCGGCCGACAGCGAGAACAGAAACGAAAGAAAGCUGUUCAUCGGCAUGAUCAGCAAGAAGUUUAGCGAAGAGGACGUUCGGACGUUGUUCUCGCCGUACGGCGCCAUCGAAGAAUGCACGGUGCUACGCGACCAGAGCGGCGUCAGCAAAGGUUGUGCGUUUGUGACUUUUGCGUCCCGCUCAUGUGCCCUUAACGCAAUCAAGGCAAUGAACCAUUCUCAGACAAUGGAGGGCUGUUCAAUGCCCAUUGUUGUAAAGCUGGCCGACACUCAAAAGGACAAAGAACAAAAGAAAGCCCAGCAGUUCAGCGUCUUCGGCUUACCUGCCGGCGCGGCGGUCGCCUCUGUGCCGAUGCAGCAAAGCGACCCUGCUUUAAGCGGUUCAUAUUUGACGCCCGGUCUCAGCGCCGCAGGUAUUAACUGGCAACAACUAGCUCUUCUUGCGGCCGCCGUCCAGGGCAACCCGAAUGUGGCCGCGUUAGGCAGUUUCGGCGGUCUCGCCUCGUACGCCGGCGCCAAUCCAGCUAUGACCUUGGGAGGCGUCACCGCAACGCCUGUUACCGGCUACUCAAACCUGGCUGCUUUCGCCAACGCUUUAGCUGCCAUGUCGUGCGCAAACCAAUGAGUCAGACGAGUAUACGACGAAGUGUAA